UUGUCAUAUGAAUAAUUGAUAAGAUUGUUGUUUGUUUGUUUGUUCGUUGGGUGGUUAUUAAAAAUUCAUUAAUAAAAAACAAUAUUUUUUCAUAUAUAACAAUCAUGUUUAAGUGACUUUUUCUUGAUUGCUUUUUCGGAUGAAUAUUCAUUCAGUCAGCAAAGUUUUUUUUUCAACUUGGUCAGUAAAAAAAAUGACACGUCGUUUAAGGCGAAGAAAAUCAUCGCUAUUGAUCCAUAAUGGAUCAUCAUCAUCAUCAUCAUCAUCGACCAACAAUGGUGAUCAAUCGAAUUUGUUACCAUCACAAUCAUCAUCAUUGGAUGAAUGUGAUGAAUCAGCAACAUUUUUGGAAAAAGAAAAUUUUUCAAUCGAUAAUUGGAAACAAGAAUGGAAACAAUGGCAAUCAACAUUCAUACAGUUAUCAUUAAUAUUGGCAACAAUAAUAUUAUGUUUUUAUACAUAUUUUUGGUUUGAACAUUUUCAUUAUCAUUUAACCCGGUUUUAUGCAAAUCAUGUUGAUGAUCAUCAUGCACAACAUGUUUUGGGACAUAAAUUAAUACGAAAUCGUUCACAUGCUGAAGCAUUUUAUUGGUUUCGACGAUCAGCCGAUCAAGGUCAUCCACAUUCAGCAUAUAAUUUGGCUGUUGGUCAUCUAAGUGGUUAUCGUACCGAUGUUAAACAAGGUGAAGUUCGAAAAUUAUUACGUUAUGCAUCGAAAAAUGGUGUACAAGAAGCACGUGAAUUACUUCGUGGUCUUUGUCGUGAAAAACCAAAAUAUUGCGAUUUGUAGUAGUUUAUAAAAAGAAAAAUAUUUAUUUAUCCAUAAAAAAUGAUGAUAAACCUUAUUUACACAAACACAGAAACAUUCUCAAUU